AUGGAUGCCAAUCGAAAAGGCGCCAAGAAGAACAUAGCCCAGAAGCAGGAAGCGAAAAUGUUGGUCGAUACAGGCGGCGGAUCCGCCAGCGACAGCGAUUUGAGCGACAGCGAGUUCCAAAUGGUGCAAUUCAUAGACGAUCCGAAUAUCCUGCGGGUGGCGAUCAUGGCCUCUCCCGAGGUGACCUUGGGCUUCCUGCUGGCUGGCGUGGGCUACCAGAAGGAUCGGUUUCGCAACUAUAUGAUGGUGGAAAGCGAAACGCCGCAGGAGGCUGUGGAGCGCUUCUUUCUCAUGGUUUACCGGAGAUCCAAUAUCGGCAUUGUCAUCCUCGACUACGACACGGUGAAGAGGCUGCGCAACGUGAUGCAGCGGUGUCACCAGCUGCUGCCCGUCCUGGUCACAGUGCCCAACAAAUCCUCGCUGACCACCUACCUGGACAAGAAGGAACGAAAUCGACGGCUUCGCCAGCGGGACGCCUAUUAGGAUUUCGAUUUAGGAAUCAGUCACAAAUUCGCAGCGAAGUUAGCGUAGAAAUACAGUAGAUAGUGCACGGAAAAUGCCAUUUAUAAAUUUGCCGCGCUGUCAAACGAAUUUACUUGGAACCCUUCAACUGGGGAUUUGAAUAAUGGAUGGAUCAAAUAA